AUCCACUACAUAAGCAUCCUGUAUCCAUCCAGGAUAGUGAGUGACUCACUCACACAGACUACAUCAACUCAAUUGAACCACCACUUCUCUCUACCCAAACAAUCACCACCCACACCUACCAACUCCUCUACAUACAUACAUUCACACCGUACAUAACAACCAUCAAAAUGUUCCCCCCAAAACCAACCUCAACCCUCUACGCCACCACCCUCCCCAUCCUCACCAGCAUCCUCAAAACCCUCCUCCACCUCCUCCGCACCGCCGAACGCACCCACCCCAACCCAUCCUCCCUACUCCUCAACUCCCGCCUCCACCCAACCAUGUACCCCCUCACCGACCAAAUCCGUCUCGCGACAUCCUUCUCCGUCCGUCUCUACGCCCGUCUCACCAACCACCCAGAGGCAGAAACUCUCCCUACAACCCUCCUACCGGAAGGUAACCCGCAAUCCUUCGCGGAGUGCUACGAGCGCAUCGACAAAGUGCUGGAGCUGUUGAAAGAUGCGGAUAAUGAUGCUAGUACGAAGGAGGUGGUGAAUGCCAAUGCCGAGACGGUCAAGCCUGCGCCCGUGGGACCCGGGGUCAACAUGGAUGUGACGAAUGCAACGUAUGCGCAUACCAUGGUUCUGCCGAAUAUUUACUUCCAUUUGAAUAUCGCCUAUGCGAUUGUGAGGAUGGAGGGCGUGGAGAUUGGGAAGAGGGAUUUGUAUGUCGGGUUUGGGGAGUUGUGGGGUUGAGAUUUGAUUCUUAGUAUUUUGUAUUUAUGGUGUAUGUAUGUAUGUAUGAUAGUAGUUAGGUAGUUG